CUACCUCUACUCUCUUGAAAUUCUCCAAUACUUCCUCGGUCUACCUCUACUCUCUUGAAAUCAUUCACAGUCCAUCUCUACACGAGGGCAUUCGUGCAUUCCGAACUAUCUUAGUCUUGCAUAUUAUCUUCCAUCAAGGCCACUCUCGUCUUGUCCCAGUUAUGCUCAUUCCUAAUCUUAGCUCUCUCUUAAUAUGGCCACACAUAUAUCACAACAUCUUCAUUUCCACAAACUUGAUAGUUCUUGACUAACCACAUAUAAAGCUCACAUAUUUUUUCCCUCAAAAUGUGUAAAAAAUGAACCACACUUGCAUAACCUCACGUAUUCUUCCUCCAAAACUUGCGCACAAAAAAUGAAACACCUCAACCUCCAACAACUAAAAUUCAAGAAUGAUACAGUACAUGCCACUAUUCAGACAAUGCACAACAGCAAGAUCAUUAGCAAAACUCCAUGCACAUCUCAUCAUCAAUGGUCUCCACAAAGACCCUCUAGCUUCCACCAAACUUAUAGAAUCCUAUUCCCAAAUGGGCUCUCUCAAAUCCUCAAGAAUCGUCUUUAACACAUACUCAAAUCCAGAUUCCUUCAUGUGGGGUGUAAUAAUCAAAUGCCAUGUUUGGCAUUUCCAUCUUCAAGAAUCCAUUUUUCUGUACAACAGUAUGAUUUGUCAGUUUCAAGAAACGAGUAGUUUCGUUUAUCCUUCAGUGUUGAGAGCUGUUUCUGCAAUUGGUGAUUUGGGUAUUGGUCAAAAGGUUCAUGGGAGGAUAUUGAAAUGUGGGGUUGAGUUAGAUUCGUUUAUUGAGACGUCGUUGUGCAGUAUGUAUGGUGAAAAUGGGUGGAUGGGUUAUGCGCGGAAGAUGUUUGAUGAAAUGUCUGUGAGAGAUGUUGUCUCAUGGAGUUCGAUGAUUUCGAGUUAUGUACGUAGUGGGGAUGUUAAGGAAGGGUUGGGGAUGUUUGGGGAGUUGGUUAAGGAAGGUGUUGAAGUUGAUUCAGUGGCUUUGCUUAGUGCAGUUGAGGGUUGUGGUGAGUUGGGUGUGUGGAGGGUAGGGAGGUCUAUUCAUGGUUAUGUGUUGAGGUGGGAUAUUCGGAGCGAUGGGUCGUUGAUAAAUUCGCUUAUCGCGAUGUAUGGAAAAUGUGGGGAUGUGUGUAGUGCAGAGUUUAUUUUUCGUGAUGCUGUUGAUAAGAGUACUUAUACUUGGACGGCAAUGAUCUCGUGUUAUAAUCAAAAUGGUUGCUAUCGUGAAGCGUUGACGUUGUUUGUUAAGAUGCAUGAGUUUGAUGUUGAAUGUAAUGAAGUUACUCUUAUGGCUGUUUUGUGUUCUUGCGCUAGGUUAGGUUGGUUAAAGGAAGGGAAGUCUAUACAUGGUUUUAUAGUUAGAAAUUCGCUAGAUUGUGGUGAUGAUCUUCUAGGCUCAGCGUUGGUUGACUUGUAUGCUAAUUGUGGGAAGCUAAGUGAUUGCCACAAGGUAUUUGGCUCAUCUCAGGAACAUGUAGUCUCGUGGAAUAUGCUCAUAUCAGGUUAUGUGCAGGAAGGGUUUUCUAAGAACGCGUUGAUGCUUUUUGUGGAUAUGGUAAGAAAAGGAAUAUUGCCAGAUUCGUAUACUCUGGCAAGUGUGCUCUCAGCUUCUGGAGAUAUUGGGUUUUCUGAAUUUGGGGGUCAAAUUCAUAGUCAUAUUAUUAGGACUGGAUUUUCAACGGAGUUUGUCCAGAAUUCCCUGAUUGACAUGUACAGUAAAUGUGGACUCGUGGACUAUGCGCUCAUGAUAUUCAAGGAUACACAAGAAAGAAGUGUUGUGACUUGGAAUUCUAUGAUGUGUGGACUUACCCAAAAUGGUUUAUCUCGUGAAGCUAUCAGUCUCUUUGAUGAGAUGUACUUGAACUUGAGUAAAAUGGAUGAAGUCACCUUCUUGGCUGCAAUUCAAGCAUGCUCGACUACAGGAUGGCUGGAGAAGGGAAAAUUGGUUCACCAUAAGUUAAUAAUCUUUGGUGUGAGGCAUGAUAUGUAUAUUGAUACUGCUUUGACAGAUAUGUAUGCUAAAUGUGGAGACCUCUGGAUGGCUCGAAGAGUUUUUGACAGUAUGCUGGAAAGGAGCAUAAUAUCUUGGAGUGCCAUGAUAGGUGGUUAUGGAAUGCACGGUCAGAUCGAUGAUGCCAUCUCACUCUUUCAUGAAAUGGUAAAUUGUGGAAUAAAACCAAAUGACAUCAUUAUAACCAACAUUUUAUCUGCUUGCAGUCAUUCUGGUUAUCUGAAUGAAGGGAAAUAUUUCUUUAACUUGAUGAUUAACUUGAGCAUUGAUCCCAAACCCGAACAUUUUGCAUGUCUAGUUGAUCUUCUGAGUCGAGCUGGUGAUAUUGAUAAAGCGUAUGAAGUGAUCACUUCGAUGCCAUUUCCUGCAGAUGUUAGCAUUUGGGGUGCCCUGGUAAAUGGAUGUAGAAUUCACAAAAGAAUGGAUAUUAUCAAGAUGAUCCAACAAAUGCUUGAAAAUAUGCAAACAGAUGAUACUGGAUACUAUACCUUGUUAUCCAACAUAUAUGCAGAAGGGGGAGAAUGGAAUGAAUCUAGAACAGUGAGGUCAAAAAUACGAAGUUUAGGUUUAAGAAAGGUCGAUGGCUAUAGUAUGAUUGAAGUUGAGAAAAGAAUACCAGCGUAAAGAAAAUGACUCAUACUCAUUCGCAUAAAGGGAAGUCUCAAGCUUGUGAUUUCCUAGAUUUGGCUGGUUAUUGCAUUGGGGUCGAUGUUCUGUUAUUGGACACUAGGCGCUUCCGUUGUUUUGGACUUAAGGAACUGAUUAGCCUGGGAAGAUGCAAUGUUCAUUUCAUACAGGCUCUGAACUGGCGUAACUGGUGAAGUUGUUGCCGUGUGACGGGAGCUCAUGGGUUCGAGUUGUGGAAACAACUUCUUGCAGAAAUGCAGUGUAACACUGCGUAAAAUAGACCCUGUGGUUCGUCCACCCACCUACCCCCCCCCACCCGUGCAUAGCGGGAGCUUAGUGCAUCAGGCUAACCUAACUGGAAAUGAUUGCUAAUCCACCAAAAAUUGGCUAAUAUAGAGCUGUUUCUGGUUCAUCAGAAAACUUUCUUCAACGGUCGCUCAACGCUGAAUUAUGUCUCCUACGGAGCUCAAUACUAUCAUUCUCUUUCUGUUGAGUAGCUAGUAUCAUGUAUGGAGAAAAACUUGAUACAGAGCCCACUUUUCAGCUCCAACCUGCCUUGGACUUCAUACAGAAGUAUGCUAAAUGGGGAUGGCCCUGAUGACGGCUGGGAAACUCAUAAGUCAUCUGAACCCGAAUCACGAAAGGUGAGAAAUGGAACAAAAUGCAUAGUUUACCGUACACCUGAAUGCAAAUGAAAAUUGGGACGAAAGAGAAGGGUCCAUAAUCCAUAUUUUGAUGCUGCAUGGCACUAUCAUUCUACUUGAAGCACUGAUAAAACCUGACCAAACACAUCCUUGCUGUGUCAUCCACUUAGUUGCUGCAAGUGCGAAGCCAAUGUUGGCGACAUGAUUGCAGUAAGCUUGCUGAUCGUCAGAUGAGUUUACACCAGUUAGCAGUCAAUACAGUAAGGCCUAAAGCGGAUUGUUACAAUGGUAGCACCACCAUGUCUGUAUGUGUGCAGUGUUAGUUACAUCAAAAAAAAUUACGUUUUACUUGAGUCUCAAUUUAUACAAUUUUUUUAACGUAGUACUUGAUUACAAUGCAGCACCUUCAACAUAGAAACUCAUGCUCAAGUGAAUAUGUUUUAUUAUUAGUAUUGCUGUUACUGUUGCUGCUGCUACCCUCUGUUGAUAACCUAUACUGUACUAGUUACAACAACAUAACUAGAAUGAUCCAACAAGUGAGGUCGGAGGACGAUGGGAUGUACAUAGACUUAACUCUACUUGUGAGAGCUAGAGGGUCGUGUCAGAUAGACCCUUGGCUCAAGAACUCUACUGUACUAGUUAUUGUUGGGAAAUAGUAACGAUACAAUGCUAGUGUUUUGAGGACAUACAUAACUCUUUAUAGAAAAUUAAGCUUCAAUGUAUUGUCCUUUCAUUUCUGGUGUAAAGAACUUUUUGUAGUAGAAUCAAAGACUAUAUUACAGUUU